UGGAGCUCAAAUUUGGGGGCCAGCAUGCAAAGCUGCACUCAGCCCUUUGAACAUCUCUCCACCUCCUCGACAAGCUGUCAGAGGCUGCCACGGGUCUGUAUGCACCAGCAGUCUCUGCAAAGUAGGUGAAGCAGAGGAAAGAACUUCCCAACAAAUGACUUCAGAAAAUCCUUGAAGAUGGAGCGAAAAGUUUCAUAUCUAAAUAUCCCAAUGUUAGCAAGACACAAGGCCCGUCCCGCCUCUUCAUCAGAUCCCUGCUCCAGCCUACAGCGGGUGUUGAGUCAUGGAUGGGAGCAGGAAUUGUGGCUUUUUCUUUCUUGUCACCUGAGUCAGCCUUCAGGCCUGACUGCCCCUACUGGCUUCUCCUGUGUGCCUGUGUUACCACCAGACUCCCUGGUCCCUCUGCCCCAAGGCAUUUCCUCUGACACUUGCUUCCUCUGAGCUCAGGAACUGCUUCCUCUGCUAUUCCUGUCCACAGACCACCUGCAUCUCCUUCAGCCCCUGCUGUCCCUGGCUUGGCACUGUCAGCCUUUCCACAUAGCCUCCUCCCAGAAAGAUGUUUCAAAAUGGUGGGACUUGAAAUUCCUGUUUCUGUGUUUUCUUGGGUUUGCUGUUAAUCCUGUCACUUUUUCUUUUUUUCCUUUUUUUGGGUCACACCCAGCGAUGCACAGGGGUUACUCCUGGCUCAUGCACUCAGGAAUUACUCCUGGCGGUGCUCCGGGGACCAUAUGGGAAUCGAACCCAGGUCAAUCGCAUGCAAGGCAAACGCUCUACCCGCUGUGCUAUCACUCUAGCCCAAUCCUGUCACAUUUUUUAAACAAUGGAAUAAAUGUACAUAAAUACAUAAGUAAGACCGUACCUGUAUUGAGAUCCCAAGCCCUAUGCAAAGGUAGCACUUUCACAUGGAGGCUGGCUGGGAGCAAGCACAGGGGUAAGGUACUUGCCUGCAUGAGGCUGAUCCUGGUCCAAAACCCGGCACCACCUGCUUUCCCAAACACUGCCAGGAGUUGACCCUUGAGCACAGAGCCAGGAUAACCUCCAGCACCACCGGGUGUGGCCCCCAAACCACAAAAUCCCCUCUGAGCUUAAGUCUUGAGGCGGCCAGACACACUCACUGGGCAGUGCUGCCCUCAUGGCCAUGCUAAGGGCAGCCCCUGCUGCUCGAAGUUUCUUUGCCACACUGGCCGGUUGCUGGUGCUACCACCUGCUCUGGUUACUGCAGACAUGAGAGAGGCCAAGCAGCUAACAGAAUAGAAGAGAAGCAGCUGUUUCCUGAACAGGCUUUCAGGAAGAUUCCCAAAGACCUCGGCACGGAGAGCUGCAGCCAUGGGCAGUAAAGGGGCGCUGCCAGUCUGCACACCAAGCAGCCUCCUCCAUAGCCCAGACCAGCCCAAAGCCCCCAGAACCAGGCCCUCCUUCCUCCAGGUGUCAGCUUCUGCAGCUCCCCACCUACCCACAGAACUCACAGUGCUCCUCCCAGGAGGGGGACACGGGGUCCCCAUGAGUGUGGGGAAGCAGCAGUUGUGGGAGCAUCUGGGGGAGACUUCUGAGCGGUGUUCAGCGCUUAGUCCUGGCUCCGCGUUUAGGGAUACCCACUCCGGAUGGUGACCAACCGAGCCGGAGUCCACCGAUGCAAGGCCAGCCCUCGCUCUGCUGUGCUUUCACUUAAGCUACAGACAGUGGACUGGCUUAUUUAAAAAUAAAAUUUUCUUGUGAGGGCCCUUCCAAGCAGUGUUUUGGGACCCCAGGGCCCUUCCAGUGAUAGCUGGUCAGGCGGGCUGUAGUCUUGUGCUUCUGCCUGGUGACAGAACUGCUGGGGCUGCUGGUGUUGGGGUCCCUGGGAGUCACGGCGCUAAGAACAGAACUCAGCUCUCCUGGCCCAACAAGUAGGUUUUUCUUUCUUGGGUGAAGCAGCUCUGAAAGAUCAAGAUUCCGCCUAUUAAGUUCUGGUCAGUAUGCCACCUUCACUUGGUGUUUCUGAAGGUGAAAGUUACCUGUGAGUUUAUUUCUGCACAGGCGCCAUCACUGCCCACAUGGAACCACAAAAAUCUAUGAAAACACCGGCAAGUUCUGUCCCAUGACAGAGUACUUGGAAAAGUACCCCUCCUACGGCACUGUGGCCCCACCCCAGAGUCUCAAACCCAGGUCAGACUACCGCCCUUAUGAAAUCACCAGGCCACCUCGACACAUGCCAGAAGAGUAUCAACCAAAAGCAGGGAGUGUGGAUCAUGACACCACCUACAAGCGGGAUUUUAAUCCCCACCAGGUGCAGCCCAUGGUGAUUGUGUGGCCCACGGAGAGGCCACCAGAAAAGCAAGGGAAGCUAGACACUGUCCCCACCUAUAAAGACGACUACCGGGUCUGGGCCGUUCCGAGGCGUGAGCUGCACAAACUGGAGCACGUGUACCAGCCCCCGAUGGUGCAGUUUGGGAACCCUACCACCUCCCAGGAUGAUUUCAUCCCCCACGAGAUUGUGCUGCAGCAGAGCUGCAGACCCCAUGAGGGGCUGCUGUGCCCCACUGCCCCUUUCAGUGGUGACACCAGCCAUCGCCGGGACUACGUACCCCACGAGCUGCCCCCGCGGUUUGUGAGGCCCAAGGGCGAGUACAAGGCAGCCAGCCAGCCUAUGGAGAGCCUCACCACUCACCGCGGGGCCUUCCAGGGCCUCACAGGCCAGGCAGCCAGGCUCUGCAGACCUGCAGAGCCCAGGGCCAGCCCCAAGGCCCGCUUUGCAGGAACCACGGAGUUCCGGGAGAGUUUCCCUCCCUGGGAGAUGGUGCCCCCCAAGAACAGGGUGGUGUCAGAGUACGUGCCCCCUUUGGGCACCAUGCAACUGGCCAGCACCAGCCACGUAGACUACAUCCCCCACCAAGCCACACGUGUGCUCCCUGCCAAGCCUGUGCCUCACCACAGCAGCAGCCCCGGGCCCUUCCAGGGGAUAAGCACCACCCACGACCACUUCCCUGCCUGGCAGGUCAGCCGCCAGGGACCUGUGCGGCCGCAGCAGCCGCUCCCGGGCCUGUCUGGGAAGUUCGAGGGCCUGAGCACAUUCAGGUCCCACUAUGUGCCACAUGCCCUGGUCCCCACUCUGAGCUGCAGGCCCGCACAGGCCCCCGCACACAGUAAGGCACCCUUCCACGCGGUGACCAUGUACUCCACUGAAUUUGUGCCCAAGCAGCAGGUGGUGUGCCCAGCUAGCUUUCCCUCUCCUCCAGGCUACCUUUUUGCUAACGUAGACUCCCGGGGCCACCGUUUUUUCCACAGGCUGCCCCCUACAGUGGAGGCCUACUGAGGGCCAGCAGCCACCCACAGAAGGGAGUGGGCAGCUCUCUGGAGCAAACCCGGUUCCAGGUGAGCGGUAAUGAAAGCCUAAAGUACCUUUUGACGUUUAGACAAGCAAAUAGGCUGUCCUCACAGGAAGUCAGUACCUCAGACACGUCUGGUACCCACACUGUUCUUUAAGAGGCUCUUGUGAAAGGUGCUGUAGCUCCUUUAAUCUAGGUUUUCCCUUCUUUUGUUGGAGGGGUCUCAAGGGGGGUUGGGGCCGCCAUACCAGCGGUGCUCAGGGCUUACUCCUGGCUCUGCACUUAGGGAUCACUCCUGGUAGUGCUCGGAUGCGCAUAAAUGCUGCUGGGGAUCCAACCAGGGUCGACCUCAGGCAAGUCAACCUGAUCUCUGUUACUCUCCAGCCUCACUAACCUCUGCAUCCCUGACAGGCCUGUGGCCGGCCAGCAUCCUCCCACGGCUCCAUUUGUGAGUGUGGCGAGAACAGAGGCAGCCGUACACUGGCUGUCAUUUCUCGAGUGCAAAGAAAAGUCUAGAAACCAACUUGGUCUCUCGGCUCCUCACAGGGGUCAGGGCCACACAAAGCUGGGUGAGGUGGAGAGUACAAGUCUUGUGGGGCAGAGGAUGCAGGCCUCUGGGCCUCGAGUCUGUCCAACCUCCCCUGCCGUCGCUGCCGCUGCUGCUGCCGCUCCUGACCCUGGGGACUGGUGAGCAGCAAGACCCAUGCAGACGAGACCCUCUGGGUCUGUGCCCGCUUCCCCCGGGCAGGAAUCGGGUGGUCAGUGGCCUAUUUUCUCCAAGAGAAGUGAUGAAAAGGAAAACAGGCACAGGGGAGAGUUUGCAGGAGGAUGGCUGCCUUGGAGUGACCGUGAAUCUAUAAGGGGCCAGGCAGGGGCCGGCUGCAGUUCCCUUGACUGCAGGAUGGCACAGCAUGCCUCACGACUUUCUUCUGGAGCUUUGUAAUGUUCCAAAUGAUGUGCCUACCUGAGAGCCCAGCAACACGUGGUGCAAGCAUCCUGGAAUAUCUGCAAGUGGUUUGCUGUUUCACAUUCAUGGCAAUGACAUCUGCCAUCUCACAUCUCUGCAAC